AUGGCGCGCCGCGGCGAAGCACCCGUUCUGCAGCACGCCCCCGUGGCGCGCCGCAAGUGCGCCAAGUGCGGCGUGGUCAAGCCGGCCUCCAUGUUCUACCGCAACAAAUGGGCCCCAUCUGGAUUGCAUCAUUACUGCAGGCCGUGCGAAGCGGCGCGGCAGAGGGCGUAUUCCAGGGCCAGGGGAGCGAUGCCGCAGGAGGCGCGGCAGAGGCGGAGGCACAGGGCGGCGCUGAGGCAGAGGGAGGGGCAGGAGAGGAUGGGGGAUGGCGCGAAAGGGGUGGCGGGCAGCGCAAGGGCGUGGGCGGCCGUGUUCUGCCGCCGGGACGACGCCACAGGCGAGGUGGACAUAAACGUGCGCAUCCCGAAGCCGGGAGGGGUAUUGGCUGCGGAUAACGGUGUGGAUUUGGUGGAGGGAAGUCCGGAUGGGGAAGAAAUGGGAAUGGAGGGCGGGUUUCGCGUGGCGAGGAAGCAGGCAAGCGGGGACAGCGCGGCGCGCAGCGGGGGGGCGGCGGAAGGCGGUCUGGGUAUGAUCGACCGGGGGAAGAGCGAAGAUGAGGGGGAGGGAGGGGGGGGAGGGGACGAACGCGUGGCGUGGAGCAGGCCGGGCGGCGUCCAGGAGGUGAGGACGAUAGAUGAUUGGUUCCGCUUCUGCGGGCCGGGCGGCCUGGGGGAGUCGGCGCCCAAGGUGCGGUACUUCCCGCGAAAGCGCUCGCGGCUGCAGUUCCUGUCGAGGGCCAACCGACCGAGGCCGAGGCGGCGUGUGGUGCCGAGCUACGUGUUGGAGGGAGGCUGCGGGUCGGGGGGUAACGAGAUGUGUGACCUGGGCGGGCGGGGCGGCGCGCAGGGGCGGGGUGCCAACGGAGGGCCCCGCUAA